AUGUGUGAUAUAUAUAAAAUAAUAAUAAUAAUAAUCAAUAAAAAAAAAGGGGGGGUAAAUAAUAAUUAUAUAUAUUAUAAUGAAUAUACUUUAUUUUAUUUUUUUUUAUGUAUUGUUAUUAUAUAUAUAUAUUUUUUGACUGUUGUUGUUGUUAUUAGUUUUUGGUUGUUGUUAUUAAUUUUUCAAAUAAAUCGAAUUGAAAUAAAAUUCGGACCACCAUCACCACACUAUUUUGAUUUAUUUAAAUAUUUCAAUUUUUAUUUUUUGGGAUAA